AUGAAUGAACUGGAGCUGAUUGAUUUCCUCAGCGAACUACGACAAGAAGCUGCUGUCGUUGCGCUGGAUAAGUUAUCCGGUCUUGACCAAAAUGGUGAUGAAGCAGUAUCAUUUAGCGAAUUCAUACAAGGAUACGACAAGCAACUAGAAAAAUUUGAAUUGAAAAAAAUUUUUACCAAAGUGGAUGUUAAUAAAAAUGCCCAUAUUGAUCCGAUCGAAUUUGUAUCGCUACAAAACUUGGUAGCAGACGAAAUUCGUUCACGGAUAUUACAUGAGAGAUUGCUGAAACAGCAAUAUCCUGGAGCUCCGACGCAUGCUACAACGCCAUCGCCAACACUGAUCAUUUUUACUGCCAAAAAUAAACGACCUAAUUCGGCUCUGUUGAAAAGGAUACGCCGUUCCAGUUAG